AUGGAGAAGCAAGAAGAAAUUCGCGAGGAUGGUCUGCAAAGCAAAUCGCUUGAGGAAAUUGAUUCCUGCUCGUCAUCGAUCCUCGACUCCGAGGAGGAAGACGAUGGAAUCAACAUCACUAUCAAAGCUGUGACUCCGGGAGUCGCUGCUGAUGGGUCGGCUGAUCUGGUCGAGCCGAAGCUAGCUGGCUCGGAGAGGAGGAAGAUGAAUAAGAAAAUCGAGGGGGGCAUGAAAAAAGAAGAAGCUCGUUCCUCGGUUAUUUCCUCGACGCCAAAACGGUCAAGGAACACUUCGUUGAAUUCACCCAACGGUGGCACUGUCCCCAAUCCGGUCCCAAAAAAGGUCUGCGCUGAGGGUUCGGCAGCCACGAAGAAGGUGAAUGAUGGGGGUUCGAACGUAUCGGCGCAAGAAGAGGAUGAUGUAGUGAUGAAUGAAGUUGCGGUGGAUGAAAAAUCAGCGAAUGGAGAUGUUGAGAACAAAGAAGUGGAAGAAGAGGAAGCAGGAGGCUUGCCCGGCCCAUCCGGCUCUGCUGGCAGUGAAGGCAAGCUCGAUAAGAAGAAAAAGAAGAAGAAGAAGAAGAAGAAGAAUGUCGGUGCUGACGGUACUAGUUCAGAUGCUGGUGCUGGUACUGUUGCUGGUACAGGUGUCAGUGCUAGUGGCGAAGGAGGUUCUGCUAGUGCUGGUGCUAUGGCAGGUAUUAGUGCUGGCGGAGAUGCUGGUGCUGCUAGUACUGGAGAUGGGGGCGCAGAUGGUGGUGCUGGUGGCGCUGGCUCUGGUGCUGGUGGCGCUGGCUCUGGUGCCGGUGGAGGGAAGGUCGUGAAGAAGAAAAGCGGCGAGACAGCAGAGGGGAGUGCAAACAAAACAAUUCGAAGAGAAAUCCUUCCAGCCCCAACCUACCAGCAGAUUGCCAGUCGGAUCAAGCUUGGCAUUGUCCCUGCGUCGUAUCCGGACGCUGAGCUGACAUCCGAGCAGCAAGAUGCGGUCAAAGAGGUGCUGCUAAAGAAGGUGUUAGAGCAGCGAAAGGAGCAGUUUAAACCUAAGUUCGUGUAUUGCAAGUCGUAUGUAGGACUUGUGAUGCUAUUAUGCCAGGAAAAUAGCACAGCAAACUGGGUGAAAAUGGUUGUGUCCUCGAUCUCUCCGUGGGAAAAUGCAGUGCUCAGUGCUGUGGACGAGGCUGAUAUCCCUCGCAAAGAAGUGCUUCGGGGAUACUUCUACAGAAGCAAAAACGACGAGAACGACACCGUUCUGGGAUAUCUCGAAAGCCAAAAUGACAACCUCGACACGUCAGCCUGGAGAAUCCUGCGUCGCUCGGGGAAAAACGAUCAUGUCGAGUGGGCCUUCACCAUCGACACGGCAUCGAUGAAGCUGCUGGAGGAACAGAAAUUUGUCGUGAACUAUAAAUUCGGGCAAACCAUGUUCCGGAGGAAGCAGGCGGAAACCGGAAGCCAUCCGGCAGAUGACGAUUCGGACGAGGACAUGGAAGUGGAUCACUUCGACGAAGGAUUAUCGUCGGAGGCUCAGGUAGGAGAUGAGAUGGCUCAGGAGAACGAGUCGUCUGAAUCUUCUGGUAAGAAAAAUGAUCAAACAAACAAUAUUACUGGAGUAGACAUCGGAAAGGACCCCAGGGCGUUGAGCGCACAGGGUUCUUCUGAUGGAUACACCAGUGAAAAAAACAAUUCACUAACUGAUUUAUCUGGCAAGGACUGUCCGACGAACCCCAGGGCGUUGAUCGCACAGGGUUCCGAAGAUGGUUCUUCCAGACUUGAAAUAAAAAAUCAAACAAAUAAGGGAGACCACCAACCCGAAAUAGAAGGUGGAAAGUUCAGCAAUGAAACAAUUUAUUCGAAUUAAGGACUGUCUGACGAACCCCAGGGCGUUGAUCGCACAGGGUUCUGAAGACGGUUCUUACAGACUUGAAAUAAUAAUAAAUCAAUUAAUAAAGGGAGACCACCUUUCCGAAAAAAUGGUGAAAAAAAUUCAACAAUGAAACGAUUUAUUCAAAUAAAUCUUCAUCAUGCCAAAGGAGCGUCAGCCGUUCUUAGCAGAAGGUUUAGUAAAAAUAAUAUUGACGUAGGGCUCAUUCAAGAACCCUGGAUAAAUAAGGGUAAAAUUAAAGGAAUUUCAGCUCAAAUGGGUAAACUAUUAUAUGAUAAUAGUUCUCCCAACCCUAGAGCAGCUAUGAUAGUAAAAAAUGAUACAAAUUUUAUUCCAAUAACCGAAUUUAUUUCAAGAGACAUUGUUGCAAUUCAAAUGGAGGUCCCUACGGUCAGAGGAAGUACCUGGGUGUGUAUUGCAUCUGCGUACUUCCCCGGAGACACCGAGGAGGCCCCUCCAUCUGAUGUAACAAUGUUUAUCUCUUACUGCAAAAAAAUAAAUAAACAAUUUAUUGUUGGGUGCGACGCCAAUGCUCAUCACACAGUAUGGGGUAGCACUAACAUUAACAAUAGAGGUGAGAAUUUGCUCAAUUACAUAACAACUAACAAUAUUGACAUUUGUAACAAUGGUGAUAAUCCCACUUUUGUUACAGCAACAAGACAGGAGGUUCUUGACCUCACGUUUUGUAGCGAAGUUAUUUCUGAAAGAGUUAUAAAUUGGAAGGUUUCUGAUGAAAUAUCACUCUCAGACCAUAAACAAAUUGAAUUCGAAUACAAUGCAGGUGAAAUGAUAGUUGGAAGUUAUAGGAAUCCCAAGAAAACCAACUGGGACUCCUAUAAACUUCUUCUAAAUGACUACGAUUUCAAUUCCGAAGCCGAAAUCCGUACUGUUGAUCAGUUGGAGAAGGCUUCGUCUGAAUUAAUUAUUGCCAUAACCAAUUCUUACUCCGCUAGUUGCCCAGUCCAGCAAAGAUCUUCAAAUCGUGAGGUAUCUUGGUGGAAUGAAAAAUUAGCUGCGUUAAGGAAAAAAUCUAGAAGGUUGUUCAACAGAGCAAAAAAAUCUGGAGAUUGGGACUCAUAUAAAAAAGCCCUGACUGAAUACAAUAAAGAAAUAAAACGUUCUAAACGCAACGACUGGAGACGUUCUUGUGAAAAAAUCGAGGAAACUCCAAUAGUCGCAAGAUUACAAAAAGCUCUUUCCAAAGAUCAUUCAAACGGUCUAGGAAAUCUUAAAAAGGCAGAUGGGUGUUUUACAAAAAAUGCAUCUGAAACUCUGGAUUUAAUGAUGGAAUCUCACUUUCCUGGCUCGACCAAGGUAAUAAGUUGUAUAGAUCAGGCCGUGGGCGAAAGACUGACAAAAGAUUGGUCUGUACUUGCCCAUAAUCAAGCCUGUGAAAUAUUUACUCGUUCCAAAGUUGACUGGGCGGUGAGCUCUUUCAAACCAUUUAAAUCCGCAGGGAUGGAUGGCAUCUUUCCUGCUCUUCUCCAGCAGGGUAAAGAUAUUAUCAAUGCUAAAUUAACAGACAUUUUUCGAGCCAGUAUCGCUCUUAGCUAUAUCCCAAAAGCUUGGAGAGAGGUUCGGGUCAUAUUUAUUCCAAAAGUUGGGAAAAGGGACAAAACAAGUCCCAAAUCCUUCCGUCCAAUUAGUCUCUCUUCUAUUCUAUUGAAAACUAUGGAAAAAAUUCUUGAUGAUUUUGUAAAAAAAACGUUCUUGAUCAAAUUUCCUCUUAGUAAUAGUCAAUUUGCAUACCAAAGUGGUAAAUCUACUAUAACUGCUUUAAACUGUUUAGUUUCUAAAAUUGAGAAGUCCCUCAAAGCCAAGGAAGUAGCUCUGGCUGCUUUCCUAGACAUUGAAGGAGCUUUUGAUAAUGCAUCUCACAGCUC